GAGCAGGCAUCAGCGGCGUCAGUCACACACAGGCACCGGCGGGCAGGCAGCGGGCUCCGGGGACAUGUAGCAGGAGAGCCCCGGGGGCCCUGGUGCUGCUGUCGGUGUCAGCUGCGCUGUGUCUGGUUGUCGGCGGGCGGGGGAGGGGCAGGAUGAUGGGGGUCGUCGCCCCCUGGAGGUGGCUGCUCGCCCUGUGUCUCAGGCUGCUCUUUCUUGUGCCCGCAGGAGUGCCGGUGCGGAGCGGGGACGCCAGCUUCCCCAAAGCCAUGGACAACGUGACGGUGCGACAGGGGGACAGCGCCAUCCUCAGGUGCACAGUAGAUAACAGAGUGACCCGCGUUGCCUGGCUGAAUCGCAGCACUAUCUUAUACACUGGUAAUGACAAAUGGUCCAUAGACCCCCGUGUGGUACUUCUAACCAAUACCAAGACCCAGUACAGCAUUGAGAUACAGAAUGUGGACAUUUAUGAUGAGGGACCCUACACCUGCUCCGUACAGACAGACAAUCACCCCAAAACCUCCCGCGUGCACCUCAUUGUACAAGUUCCACCCCAAAUCCUAAACAUCUCUACAAAUAUUACAGUAAAUGAGGGGAGCACUGUAACCCUUCGCUGUCUGGCUACCGGCAGACCUGAACCAGCAGUAACGUGGAAACUUUAUUCUGGAAAAUCUCAUAGGUUUGUGAGUGACGAUGAAUAUCUGGAAAUUACUGGGAUCACUCGGGAACAGUCGGGCCAGUAUGAAUGCAGCGCAGCCAAUGAGGUGGCAGCCCCCGCGGUGCGGCGUGUUACAGUCACGGUGAACUAUCCUCCUUACAUCUCUGAUACUAGGAACACAGGGGCAUCGGUUGGACAGAAGGGUACGCUGCGCUGCUCCGCUCUGGCUGUCCCACUGGCUGAAUUCCAGUGGUAUAAGGAAGACACCAGGUUAAAUAAUGGACUGGAUGGGGUGAGGAUCGAGAAUAAAGACCACCUAUCUAUCCUGACCUUCUUCAACGUAUCUGAGAAGGACUAUGGCAACUAUACAUGUGUGGCAUCAAAUAAACUUGGAAACAGUAACGCCAGCGUCAUCCUGUAUGGUCCUGGAGCAGUGCAGAACAGGAGCAGCUCAGCUUCCACCACCCUGGCCGCCACCUGCCUUUGGUGCUCCAUCCUGUAUUCCCUCACAGCGUUUUGAUGACGCAGGAUAGUGUGGAGGUGGGGGGCUGUGGAAAGACACCCAGAAGCUAUAAACAUGAUAAUCAUCUUCUCCCACCCCACAGGAGAGACAACUCCCAAACACUGUGGGGGAUGCUUCAGCCCUUCCCCAUCCUUCUUUGGGUUAUUUAACGAGAUUGGGGCAGACUGCUGGUCGCAAUGGACCACCCUCAAUCCCAGAUGCCCAGGAAAGCUGGUUUCUUGUGUUGGUGUCUUUUGUAAAUCCCUGUGUGAUGCUCUGCAGGAAUGUAAGAAAUGGUUUGGUGGGAAGAUGACAUACUAAAGGAUCAUAUCCGUGGAAUGCCCAUCCCCCUCCACCUGCGUCAGUAACUCUAGUAACAAUGAACAGUUGUUUCUAAAAGCCACAUGGAGGGAUGCACAGGACACGGAAGAGCUGAGUUACCGGACCUGCAGGAAAACUCAGGCUCUGGCAAACAAAAGGAGGUGAACUUUAGAAUCGACGCUUCCAUAUAAGUGUCACAUUUCAUGAUAUGACCAAGCGCACAGCCAGAAUUAAUCAGUGCACCCAUCUAUCUACACAGCGCACUCCAUCCAGGCCUUGAUGCCCCCCUCUUUGUAACUUAGUCUCCGCACUGUCCUCUGCCUCACUAUCCACCCCCGUACAGUAAGUCCUUCCGGUAGUAUCUGCAUUGAUUCAAUACACAGAGUUUCUCAUUCAUUGUGCAGUGCAAUAAAGAUUAUGUAGUGACCCUGGAGUUCGUAGAAGUGCCUCUGCGGCCACGAUCAGAUCGUCACAUUCCUAGAUAUUGAUGGUUAUUGUAUCAAGCACAUACAGCGUUCAGUAGGGUCUUGUGUAAGGAGAGUGAUUAUGGUCAUGCAUGGUAAGGGUGGCCAUGGAGCAAUGGAGGUCACUGUCGGAGUUCUACUUGCUGAUUUAGAGCAACCCCCACCUGGCCUUCAGAUUCCUCCAUCUGCCUACCAUUCCCAACGUUCAUGAACUGUGAGUAAAAUUGUGUCCGAUCAGUGGCAGAGUUGCAGAGAAUUGCAGCUGGGCUCCACCUCACGCAAGUCAGUGCACUGUCUGGAGCAAGCAGUGGGAAGUGCGAUGCUUUGCAGCACUCUGUCACCGUUAGAUGUCAUUGCAGCAAUAGUUUGAUUCUUUGGGAGGAGCACGUUUAGUGUGUUGUGAAGAAACUGAGUUUGGGAUAUUUUCAUUUGGCUCUUUUAAAACGUAGGAGGCUGGCGUGUUGAAUCCGAGCUAGUCAAUGCAAACACGACCAGAUCGCUGCAUGUUCUACAGCGUUUGUAAACUUUUCUAGGCAAGGAAAGUCAAGAUGGUUGUAAUCCUGUGAUGUGUCAAUAAAGUCUGACAUUUGUAAA